UCGAUAGUGUCAAUCGCAGAGUUUCCUACCAAAUUUUCCUGCAAUUUCUGGCGGUCUUAAACUAAUUUUGUGAAAAUGUCGAAGAACGCCUUAGUUAUUUUGGCUCCCGGUGCCGAGGAAAUGGAGCUCAUCAUUGCCGUCGAUGUGCUGCGUCGUGCUGGGAUCAAGGUCACGAUGGCGGGCUUAAAUGGCUCGGAACCGGUCAAGUGUUCCCGGGAUGUUCAAAUUCUGCCGGAUAUUGAGCUGGCCAAGGUAGCCACCGAUAAGUUCGAUGUUGUGGUUCUGCCCGGCGGCUUGGGCGGCUCGAAUGCCAUGGGAGAUUCAUCGUUGGUGGGCGACAUUCUCAAGGCCCAUGAGGACAAUGGAAAACUCAUUGCAGCCAUUUGUGCCGCGCCUACAGUUUUGGCCAAGCAUGGAAUUGCCACGGGAAAGUCACUCACUUCCUAUCCUUCCAUGAAGGAGCAGCUCGUUGAUAAAUACAGCUACGUGGAGGGCGAGCUUGUUGUUCAGGAUGGCAAUCUCAUCACCAGUCGUGGACCCGGUACCGCUUAUAAUUUCGCCUUAAAAAUUGCCGAAGAACUGGUGGGCAAGCAAAAGGUUCAGGAGGUGGCCAAGGGUCUCCUUGUGACCUACAAUUAAAUGGUGAAUAGCAGAAAUCUCAUAUAAUAUUUAUUAUGCCAUUGAUAUAAUCAAGAACUGAAUUAAAAUUUGUUAAGCAAAGCAAAGGAUAA